UACACUCAAAGCAUCAGAACACCAGCCAUGGAACUCCAUCUCCCUUCCUUACCCUUCCUUUCCUUCUUCCUCCUCUUUGUACUCAUAGUAAUUAUAAAGUUAACCAAAUCCACAGCAACAGGAAUUAAGCUGCCUCCGAGCCCAUGGAAGCUCCCUAUCAUCGGUCACCUCCACCAUUUUCUCGGAGCUCAGCUCCCUCACCGUGCCCUCCGUGAGCUGUCUUGGCGGCAUGGCCCUGUCAUGCACCUCAGGCUCGGACAAGUCGACCACAUUAUCGUCUCCUCUCCAGAGAUGGCAAGAGAGAUCCUGAAGACCCACGAUCUCAUCUUCGCCACCCGAGACAAAAUACUAAUUUCCAAGGUGUUCUAUGACGGCACAGACAUUGUCUUCGCACCCUACGGAAGCUACUGGCGGGAGCUGCGGAAGAUAUGCGUUCUCGAACUACUGAGUGCAAAGCGUGUCCAGUCCUUCAGCACACUUCGACAAGAAGAGAUGUCCAACCUUGUGGGAUACAUCUCCAACAUGAGAAAUUCCCCGGUUAACCUUAGUGAGAUGUUUCUCCUGACAUCUAAUACUGUGACCUCGAGGGUGGCAUUUGGUACACAGUGCAAGCAUGGGCCAAGAUUCAUCUCAGCAACGAAGAAAGUACUGGAAUUGUUCAUUGGAUCUAACGUAACUGAUUUAUUCCCCUCAUUGAGUGUUAUUGACACUCUUAGUGGAUUGAGUUCAAGGUUAGACAAAUGUGGCAGGGAGAUGGAUGAGAUUCUCGGGCAGAUCAUCGAGGAGCAUGAAGCGAAGAGAGCAACCAGCAAUGGGGGACCGCAGGAGGGGGAAGAUCUUGUGGACGUUCUCUUAGGGCUGAAAGAAAAUGGUGGACUUGAAUUCCCCUUCACGCUCACCAACAUCAAGGCCGUAAUCCUGGAUAUGUUCGCGGGGGGGACCGAGACAUCAGCGACAAAGCUACAGUGGACGAUGGCAGAGUUAAUGAGACACCCUGAGAUAAUGGUGAAGGCUCAGGUGGAGGUGCGGCAAGCAUUCAAGGGAAAGACCAAGAUCGAGGAGGAAGAUAUCACUAAAUUGCAUUACAUAAAAUUGGUGAUCAAAGAGUCUCUGAGACUGCACCCACCGGUGCCAUUGCUCGGGCCGAAAGUAUGCCGUGAGGCAUGCAAAGUGGACGGCUACGAUAUCCCGUUUGGGAGCAGGAUUAUCAUCAAUGCAUGGGCUGUAGCAAGGGAUCCGAGAUACUGGGAGGACCCAGAGAGCUUUAAGCCGGAAAGGUUCGAUGGCAGCUCGGUGGACUACAAAGGUGGCAACUUUGAGUAUUUGCCUUUCGGUGGGGGCAGGAGGAUAUGCCCGGGGAUCACCUUUGGCAUGGCUCAGGUGGAGACGGUCCUAGCCCACCUCCUCUACUAUUUUGAUUGGAAGAUCCCUGAUGGAAUGGACCCCAAGGAUUUGGAUAUAACCGAGCUCUUUGGGGGAACCGUGAGCUUGAAAUCGCCUCUGUGGUUAAUUGCUACUCCGCAUAUUCUAUCUAAAUGAUAUACAUAGCUUAAGUAAUUAGAUGUUGCUUUUGGGGGAGCGGUAUCUGUAUGCAAUACUGCAAGCAUGCCUUUGUGUUUGUGAUUUCGUAAAUUGUUCUGCAAUAAAAGUAGCGCUUUAUGGAGAAACAAAAGGAUAUAAUAUGGAAAACAAAAGAAAUUCACAA